AGUGUCGCGCCGACUCUCAACGUGUGUGCGUGUCUCGUCUCGUUCGAUUAUAAAUGUCGUGUAAAACUGAAUAAACGUUUUUAGUGUUUGAUAAUUUAUCAAAUAACGAAUCGCAUGUUGUGAUACAGUGCGUUCUUUUGGAAUUUUUAUAAAUCAGUCAUCGGACGGAAGCAUAACGAUCAAAACAAAACUGUCAUCUAUGUUGUUUGAAUGGUAUCCGAUAAUUAGUUUGGUAAAAGUGAGUGUGUGUGCUGUGAACACUUUUAAAGCUUAAUGUUUAAAUCGGAACUCAAUUAAGCUUUCGUGGACGUCUUCCCUCAAUUUAGAAACACAAAUGUUGAAGUUGGAAUCCCCUGAAGUCCGGGUGUCGCUACCGGUGCCGCGGGCGCCGGACCCCACCGCCCUGGCGGCGUACUGGGCGGAGUAUGAGGACCUCUGCCGGCAGAUCAGCACAGCAGCCCAGACUGAUGAUGAUGAGAACCAUUAUGAAGAAGGCGAACUAGAAACCGAGUGGCUACAAGCCGCCGGGCUGGGCUCCCUCGCGGCGCCGUUCCAGGCUGGCCUGGAGGUGACAGAGGCGCAGCUGGGUGAAGCUGUGUCCCCGCUGCCCCGCGAGCAGGCAGCCGCGGUGCGCAGGCGGGUGCGACGGCUCAACCGCACUGUGAGGCGACGACGAGCUGCGACAAGGGCUAAGAAACCAGAUAUUAGAGAUGUGUUCCGUGAUUUGGAGAAUUCAAGUGGCAGCGAGCCUCGGUCGCGUAGCGCGACUCCCGAUUCUUUGGACUCGCUGCCGAGCGGUGGAUCCGGCAGCCCGCCCACAGAGUGGGCGGACGCGGCUACACCACCUGACUUUGUCGACAGUUACCCCGCGGGCACACACGCACCGGUGGCCCGCACGCCGUCCGCCCCCGCGCGGCGCGCGCGCCCCGCGCCCACGCUCACGCUCUCGCCGCCGCGACACGAUCUGUUCAAGCCCAAUGAACUGCACUGGGCGGAUAUUGCUAGUAACACUGAGGGUAUAGAACUACUCGGCUACCAGCGAUACGGCACUGUGCAGGGACCGCGGAUAGGCAAGGAGCGAAUCAAUGGCUCCAUACUAAAGGACAACGAUCUUUUUAUCAAACAUACUCCAGUGGCUCGCACAAAGAGCGCUGCGUCCGCGCAGCAACCUCUCAGUUUCGAACACAAGUUCAAUCUCGACCGGCAAAUGCUCGACCACGAUGAGGAAUGGCCAGAACCAAACAGCAACGUAGACAUCGAAAGCCUGAACGAGUCGCAGCUGAAGAAGCUCCAACAGUUGCUCUGGCUGGAACUAACGACGCUCUUCGAUAAAUAUUCGCUUCCAUUCCACAAGAGAAAAGCACCCAAAAAGAAAAGGAAAGAAGAAGGCUCAGUAUUCGGGGUAUCUCUCGAAACCCUACUCCGCAAGGACAUGCUAGUAUGGGAGGAAACAUGGUCCUCAGUACCGGCGGUCGUGCGAGCGCUCUCCGCUGCAUUGCGGGAACGUACUAGAGAUGAGGGUCUGUUGAGAGUGCCCGGAAAUAAACAUAAGAUCGAGACGCUCUGCCAGUUAAUAGAGCGCGAGUGGUAUUCCGACCGCGAGAGUGUAGAGGCGGCUUUACACCGCGCCACGGGGCACGACCUCGCGGCGGUGUUCAAGCGACUGCUGCGCGCGCUACCGCAGCCGCCGCUCACGCAGGAGCUGAUGCGCCUGUUCUAUCACACUUAUGCACUCUCAGGCGGCACACAGGGACGCGCUCUAAGCCUCCUAGUACAGUUACUGCCAAGUGAACAGCGCGCUACACUCCGCGAAGUGUUGCGUCUCGUGCGAGAGAUCGUCGCCCACAGCCACACUAACAAGAUGAGCGAACAUAACGUGGCCAUGAUCAUCGCGCCUGCGCUCUUCCCGCCCAGCCUGCUCAUCAAAGCAUCAGACAGUUUAGAAACACAAUUAGCAACGGCGGCGAACAGUUGCCACGUAACGGAAGCUCUUAUGCGCUGGUGUGACCAGCUAUGGAUGGUUCCUGCCUCACUCAUAGCGGCCUCUCAGAGGAAACCUCAACAACACAGACGGAAUAACCAUACUUGAACACUUUAUUUAUCAUUUAGGUCUUUAAAGGAACCGUUAACCAAGGAUUGCGGGACGGAUCAUUUAACGGUGCUUCUAGAAGCAUAAGUGCUGUGCUUUAUACGUUUAAGUGAUGAUACUGUGCAAAUAUCGAGUAAUAUUUGACUGUUUGACAGCUGUCAAAAACCGCGGGUAAAAUUUAAAUUAUCUGUGUAAAUAUUGACACUACACGAAAUGUCAAUGCUUUGCAGCGUUGCCAACUUUUAGAAGAAAUUGUAUCAAAAACAGUUAGGUAUAUUAAUUUGUAACAAUAGUAUAAUUUAAGACAUUAGCGGCCUUACUAAUAAAAAGUUAAACAAUGGAUAAAUUUCUACCAUUUUCUCUACCAUAGCUUUGUCCUGCUCUUACUCACAUGAAACGUCAAUCAUAAAAACAAGACAGGUUAUUGCAAUAACUAAUCCAUUGCAUAGCAAAUGGGUAACAUUUUAUUAGUAGGACCGUAGUAUAUUAUUAUUAGUGAUAUUUAUAUAUACUCCGUGUUAACUUAUAGGUUAGAAGAAGCCAAAUAUUCAACAUUAUAUUUGUAGUCUUUAAAUAUAUUCCAGCUGAGGCUAAGCCGUUUCCAUUAAAUAGGGGAAUGUAAAGGCGUAACGAAAUAAUAACUAACAAGAGAAACUGUUUAUAAAUCUAAGUUAUCAAUACAUUAAAAAUUAUUAUUUUACUAUUAAACAUAAGCUCUAAUAAAACCUACCUAAAUUAUUCUUUCUACUUUAUGUUACUAAAUUGAUAUAGCUAUUUAUCUAUAGCUUGUGCUAUCAUUUCUGAUCAUGUUUUAUCUAAUUUAGUUACGCCUUUUUGUAUGGUGCCAUGUAUGUGUGUUGGUUACCAUUUGGAUGCGUAAGGUUGUAAGAUCGGUGCCCUGUGUUGAUAUUUUACUUGUAAAUAUGAAUUGUAAAAUAUCCUAACAAUUAUCUAGGCAAGCAAAGACUGACUUGGUGUAUUAGGUUAAGUGUAUUUACUAUAAUAAUGAAAUAAAAUGUGUAUUAUUCA